AUGGUGCUUCUAUUGGGUAUGGGUGGUGGAGGUGCUGGUGCCGAUUGUGGUGGUGAUGUGGGGACUGGGUCUGUGAGGUUUGGUGGCAGUGGCAGGAGCAGUGGCGCGGUGUCGGUGGUUGGUUUGAUGGUGGACGUUCGGUGGUUGAGGUUUGAUUAUGGCGACUUCCCCACCGAACGCAUAUUCCACCCGUUUUUGCACUAA